AUGGCAAUACAGCGAUUGGGCGUGCCCCUUCCAUCCUCCCCCCCACACCCCGCAGCCCCCCUCUUCCCCCCCGCCCAGCUCCCUUCCCCACCCCCCCCCCGCGCCUCACUUGGAGAACCCCCCAAGGAAGGAUGUGCGCGCAUUGGAGCCCAGGAGGGGGAAGGUGGCGGAGAAGAGGAGGUGCAGCGAGAGGACAUAGCGGCCUGGCAGGGGCAGCUGCAGCACGGCCGCCCGCCCAGCAGCUGCCCUCGCCUGGGCGCUCACAGCCACCGGCACCUCCGUCACGCGCGCGUUGCCCUGCACCGGCACAUCCGCGCUGCUCCCACUGGUGCUACUGCCGCUGCCGCUGCCCCCCUCGUGGGCAUCAGUGCGGUCCUCGGUGCUGCCCUGGCGGCGCUGCAGCGCAAUCAAGGCCACCAGGAACGCCCUCUGCCUGGCGGGUGA